GUUGGGAAGCCUCCCGUCUCGCUUACUUCCCAAUUCAGGAAUCAGGUGGGAAAAUUCGGGAGAGAUUUGGAUGGAAAUCUGAUCGGAUCUUGCUUUCUGGCUGCGGGAUUUUGUUGGGUUGCCUUUCUUUGUAUUUCUACACGCAUGGCUCCUCCUUCCCACCAACACACCUUCUCUCCUCGUCCAUCUCCUCCAUCUCAUCCUCCUCAUCCACCUCCUCCUCCUCCUCCUCCUCUUCAGAAUCAUGGCUCUUGUAGCUGCUGCACAAGAAACCCAAUUCCAUGUUCUAGCUGUUGAUGACAGCCUCAUUGAUAGAAAGCUAAUUGAGAAGCUUCUUAAGACCUCUUCCUAUCAAGUCACAGCAGUUGAUUCUGGAAGCAAGGCUCUGGAAUUCUUGGGUUUGCAGGAUGAUCAAAGGGACCCACCUGUUGUUUCACAUACCCAGGAAAUGGAAGUUAAUUUGAUAAUUACAGACUACUGGAUGCCUGGAAUGACUGGCUAUGAUCUUCUCAAGAAAAUCAAGGAAUCAUCAUCUCUGAAAGACAUACCUGUUGUGAUCAUGUCAUCUGAGAACGUACCUUCUAGGAUCAGCCGAUGCUUGGAAGAAGGGGCAGAGGAAUUCUUUCUGAAACCAGUACAAUUAUCAGACAUGAAAAGGCUCCAACCCCAUCUAGCAAAGGGAAAGUCCAAAGAACAACAGCAGCAGCAACAACAAAAACUAGAAUCCAACAACAAAAGAAAGGCCAUUGAUGAAGGCAUUCCUACCAAGGGUAGAAGUCAGAGAUGUAGAAGGCAAAGCUGUAGUGGAUUAUAAUUGAUCUGUUGUAUUUUGUCAAGAAGGUAAAAUCACUAGUAAGAGAAUGAUGUAGGUGUUCUUUGUAGUGGAGGAUUUAUGUAUACAUGUAUACCAUUCAUUACAAUUUUGUUUUGCUGGAAAAGAAAAGAAAAGGAGAGCAUUUUAGAAAUGUGAUUAUGGAGCUGAGGGAGUUGAAAGCUUUGUUGCA